AUGUCGAAUAGUAUCAAAGUCGUGGCCCGGUUCAGGCCGCAGAACCGCACCGAGAUUGAGCUCGGGGGCCAGCCGAUUGUUACCUUUGAGUCCGAGGAUACAUGUUUGCUCGACUCAAAGGAAGCCUCCGGAUCCUUCACCUUCGACCGCGUGUUUGACAUGAACUCGCGCCAGAAGGAUGUCUUCGAUUUUUCUAUCCGGUCCACGGUGGACGAUAUCCUCAACGGCUACAAUGGAACCGUCUUCGCAUAUGGUCAGACGGGGGCGGGGAAGUCGUAUACCAUGAUGGGGACGGAUAUCGCGGACGACGAGGGCAGAGGUGUGAUUCCCCGAAUCGUGCAGCAGAUCUUUCAGAGCAUUUUGUCGAGCCCCUCUACCAUCGAAUACACGGUCCGAGUCAGCUACAUGGAAAUCUAUAUGGAGCGUAUUCGAGAUCUUUUGGCCCCCCAGAACGACAACCUCCCGGUCCACGAAGAGAAGAAUAGGGGUGUUUAUGUUAAGGGGCUACUGGAAGUCUACGUCUCGAGCGUGGAGGAGGUGUAUGAGGUGAUGAAGAGAGGAGGCAGUUCAAGGGCUGUUGCCGCUACCAAUAUGAACCAGGAAUCCUCCCGAUCACACUCCAUAUUCGUCAUCACGAUUACGCAGAAGAACGUCGAGACCGGCUCGGCCAAGAGUGGGCAGCUCUUCCUAGUUGAUUUGGCAGGUAGCGAGAAAGUUGGCAAGACUGGUGCCAGCGGACAGACUCUUGAAGAGGCCAAGAAGAUCAACAAGAGUUUGAGUGCUCUGGGUAUGGUCAUCAACAAUUUGACGGACGGGAAAUCACAGCACAUUCCAUAUCGAGACUCGAAGCUUACGCGUAUAUUACAAGAGAGUUUGGGAGGAAACAGUCGAACAACGCUUAUCAUCAACUGCUCGCCGAGUAGCUACAACGAUGCGGAAACCCUCAGUACGCUUCGAUUUGGUAUGCGAGCGAAGGCUAUCAAGAACAAAGCCAAGAUCAAUGCCGAGAUUAGUCCUGCAGAGCUCAAGGCGAUGCUCAAGAAGGCGCAAUCGCAGAUCACAAGCUUCGAGCAAUAUGUGCACACAUUGGAUGCAGAGGUUCAGCAAUGGCGAUCUGGAGAGUCUGUACCCAAAGAUAAGUGGGCACCUCCGCUGGCCGGAGUUGGCAUUGCCAAAUCGGAAUCGAAAACACCAAGACCAUCGACCCCAUCGCGACUGAUGGAAAGAGCAGAGACCCCAGCGAUCUCAGAGCGGUCAGCUACACCUAGUUUGCCCAUGGACAAGGACGAGCGGGAAGAGUUCUUAAGACGUGAGAACGAGCUCCAAGAUCAGAUCGCCGAGAAGGAGACACAAAUUGCCGCCGUCGAGAAGCUUCUUCGGGAAACGAAAGAGGAGCUUGCGUACAUGAAGGAGCGUGAUACCAAGACCAACAGGGAGAACGAGAGAUUGCAGAGUGAGACCAAUGAGUUCAAGAUGCAGCUCGAGAGGUUAUCAUUCGAGAGCAAAGAAGCUCAAAUUACUAUGGACAGUCUUAAGGAAGCGAACGCGGAGCUUACCACGGAACUUGAUGAUGUGAAGCAGCAAUUAUUAGACGUCAAGAUGAGCGCCAAGGAGAGCGGCGCCGUUUUGGACGAGAAGGAGAAAAAGAAGGCCGAGAAGAUGGCGAAGAUGAUGGCCGGCUUCGACCUUGGAGGAGAUGUUUUCAGCGACAAUGAACGAAAAAUCAAGGAGGUUAUUGACGAAGUCGAUGCUCUCCACGAGCAAAGUGCAGCCGGCGAGGCCAUCGCACCAGACUCCCUGGACAACCUCCGAGCGCGAUUAGUUGAGACACAAGGCAUUGUCCGCCAGGCCGAGCUCUCUGUUUACGGUAAUCUUGCGAAUGAUGCCGGCACCAAACGGAGAGAAGAGCUCGAACAGCGUCUCCAGGCCGUGGAGCGAGAAUAUGAAGAGCUCCUGGAGCGCAAUCUCAGCGAAGCCGACGUCGCUGAAGUCAAGGAGCGCCUUGCGCAGGCCUACUCCAACAAACAAGACGUCCACAAUGAACUUAUCGAAGACCUCAAAGCGGACCUCGCUCAAAAGACUGCUGAGCUCCAGAAAUACAGAGCAGUGAACGAAGAUCUGCAGCAAAAGGUCAAGAGCGGUGUGGCGAAUGGCUCAGCGAGCGGAAAAUCUAAUGGCAAGACCGUCCAACAACAAAUCGCCGAGUUCGACGUCAUGAAGAAGAGCCUCAUGCGUGAUCUACAGAACCGAUGCGAGAGAGUCGUUGAGUUGGAGAUUUCCCUGGAUGAGACGAGAGAACAAUACAACAAUGUACUCCGCUCAUCGAACAACCGCGCGCAGCAGAAGAAGAUGGCAUUUUUGGAACGUAAUUUGGAGCAGUUGACGCAUGUGCAACGACAGCUAGUGGAACAGAACGGCAGUCUCAAGAAGGAGGUUGCGAUUGCGGAACGGAAAUUGAUCGCGAGAAAUGAGAGGAUACAGAGUCUGGAAUCAUUAUUGCAAGACUCGCAGGAGAAGUUAACAGCCGCGAAUCAUCGAUUCGAAGCCCAACUCACAGCCGUCAAAGAGCGUCUCGAAGCCGCUAAGGUGGGUUCAACCCGCGGUCUCAGCUCCCCUACAGGUGGUGGGUUCCCAUUCGGUUCCCGCAUCGCGAAACCAUUGAGAGGCGGUGGCGCUGGUACAGAAGGCGCGGGAAGUGGCUCUAUUCCUACUAUCCAGGGCCUUCAGAACGAGGUGACUGGUAGCUCGGGGAGCUCGGGGAAGAGGACUAGUUGGUUUUUCUCUGGACAGAAAUAA